AUGGAUUACACAGCGGAGAAGAAGGAAUCAGAAAACAACAACGCCAACAACCCGGAAAACGCUCAUCAAACGUUAGAUUCUUCUGCUCAAUUGGCGUCGGCACUUGAUUCCAACAGCAAAGAAACUGAAGAACGACAAACUCGUGAACUCAAAGCUGGUCUUCACCCUCUGAAGCACAAAUUUGUCUUUUGGUACACUCGGCGAACACCUGGAGUUCGAAAUCAAUCAUCAUAUGAGGACAACAUAAAGAAAAUUGUUGAAUUUAGUACGGUUGAAGGAUUUUGGGUCUGUUAUUGCCAUCUUGCUCGUCCUGCUUCUUUGCCUAGUCCAACAGAUCUGCACCUUUUCAAGGAAGGAAUCCGUCCUUUAUGGGAGGACUCUGCAAACUGCAAUGGUGGUAAAUGGAUUAUACGAUUCAAAAAGGUUGUCUCAGGUCGUUUUUGGGAGGACCUGGUUCUUGCCUUAGUGGGUGACCAAUUGGAUUAUGGGGAUAACAUAUGUGGUGCGGUACUAAGCAUUCGUUUCAAUGAGGAUAUAUUGAGUGUCUGGAACCGCAAUGCUUCAGACCAUCAGGCUGUAAUGGCCCUGAGAGAUUCAAUCAAACGUCACUUGAAGCUUCCUCACAACUAUGUUAUGGAGUACAAACCCCAUGACGCGUCUCUGCGAGACAAUUCAUCCUACAGGAACACUUGGUUGAGAGGCUAG